UUCUUUCCUCUGAAAGAGGUCGACUUAUUAUAUCUUGAAGGGGGAGGUUCUGGUCUAGACUAGAUUCUACCUGUACCCCGCUAAAAUUACCCGUACCCCUAAUGGAAUUUACAGACUGAACUACAACUGUCAGCCCUAGUUUGAAAGGUCGCAUUCCCUCUUUCCUACUUUCCUCCUAGUGCCUGGUGCAUAAACUGAAUCUUAUUGCCCUGUUUUGCCAUUGUACUUUGCUCGACGCCUCGCAUCUCGCAGCCAGUGGCACAAACCGAUCAUAAAUUCCAAACUCCAAGAUCAUGGACUUUUUUCUUAUCCCAAACAAUCCAGAAAAUUCUGUUCUCGUAUCAGCCAACGGCGUCGCGCAUUACCAGAUUCGUACGGCCAAGCUCAGAGGGGGUGUUCGUGUAACCCACAUACAGCGCCCUGCAGAUUCAACGGAAGACAGCAUAGUUGCAGAGAUCGAAUGGAAGUCCUGGGAAACUCCAACUAUCAUUCGCAGCCCACUACUUGGCGGUCUUGGGAGGUGUGUCGGAAAGCCUGGGGUUGGUGUACGCGCCCGCAAGUUUCUGUACAGGCGGCGCAAGCUCAGUCCAUCCCGUUAUUUCGUUGGGAAUGACGGAGAGGAGUAUCAAUGGAUGACAUCAAAAAAUUCCGGUUAUGUGCUUUUGCGGUCUGGUACUGACGAAGAAGUCGCGCGCCACGUGAAUACAAUCAACGCUGAAGGCCUUUUCGCUGGCGAGAGGAAGUCAGCUCUUCGAAUACAACCAUGUUCCCUCGACAUCGACUUGAUCGUCCUAUCAUUUGUCGUUAUGGAGAAGAAAAGACGGGAGCGAACUGGUGAUGGGAUGGAGGCUCUUCCCCAUGACGAGGAUCCUCAGGGUGAAGGGUGCGUUGCUGCGGUAGAAGCUUGAGGAUUCCAAAUCUUCCAUUUCUUUGGGUUUAUGGUUCAUUUCUUUGGGUUAAUGGUUCAUUUUUUUGGGUUGUGUCAUUUCUUUGGGCUGAUGUGCCGUUUCUUCGGGUUUACGUGGGUUUUAUGUAUGGUUUCAGGGCCCACUGUCGAUUGUUG